UGUCGGCGUCGGCUCGCUCCCGACACCUGGAGCCGCGCGCUCCCGCUUCCAGCCGCUAAUUUUCCUUUGGAAAUCAGCCGUGUCCGAGAGAUCGACCCCAUGCAUCAGCAACGGGGGAGGCGAAGGAGAGAGGAAUUUUCUUUAAUGCUUGACAUCUGCAGGUCGCUAUCAGGCUGUGCAGUGACGGAAUGUGGCUGGUUGUAAUGAAAUAAUCCGCUUGGGCACGGAGGCCUAUGGGAGUCCACAUCUCUGAAGACACGUGCUUUUCAAAUUCUUGUCAUUGAUUACGUUUUACGGCUGCGGCUUGCGAAACUGAAGAGGGACGUUUCUUUAUUACCGGCUGUAUCACUUCGCAAUGACACCGCUCGGGAUCCCCGACUAACCAGGAGUGCGCAAAUUCAUUUUUUCUUGCAGACGAUUGCAGCGAUCAGAUGUUUGUGGGCGGUAAAAGAUGCAUCACCAUGUAAUGAGAUCAAGGUGUGGAGAUCCUCCGGUAGGCUCUGGUGUGCCGCCACUGCUGCGCCUCGUCUGCCGGCUCAGCCUGUUAAGCUGCCUCGGCUCUGCGGACUUUGCUCUCGAUUAUCAGUUCUGUGCAGACCCCGGUUUGGUUGAGCAUGGAAACAGAACGCCGGGCUCAGGACUCUUCUUUGAAAACGCCGUCGUCCGGUUCAGCUGCCUGGAGGGAUACAAGUUGAGAGGCCCUGCCAAGUUUGUCUGCAUUCGUCUCCAGAAUGGCUCCAUGGGUUGGAAGCCUAACCUUCAAAUGGCGUGUGUGGCAGACGUAACAGAUUGUCUCAUUCCAUACAUUGAAGAUGCGGAUAUUUCUAAUCAGACUUACAGACCAGGAGACAAACUGCUCAUCAGCUGUCAUGAAGGAUUCCAGAUCCGCUACCCCGACAUGGACAAUAUGGUUUCUGUUUGUCAGGCUGAUGGCUCCUGGGACAGUCUGCCGAUCUGUCGAGGCUGCCUGAGACCGGUCAUUUCUCCACACAGUUACAUCAACAUAUCAGAGACAGAAUUCUCCGUCCCGGUGGGAACCAUUGUUCGCUACCAGUGUUUUCCAGGAUACAAGCUGUCUGGACCCGAGGUUCUCGAAUGCAUGUACAACUUAAUCUGGUCUGAAAACCCACCACGGUGCCUUGAUGUGGAAGUUUGCCCGCUACCUCCAAUGGUGGAACAUGGAGACUACAUCUGCCACCCACAGCCCUGCGACAGAUACAUCCACGGUACCGUAGUGGAGUUCUACUGUGACCCUGGUUAUAAUCUAGCCAGCGACUUCAAGUAUAUCACCUGUCAGUAUGGCCAGUGGUUUCCAAGCAUCCAAGUGUACUGCUUGAGAUCAGAGCAGCUGUGGCCCAGUUCUCGAGAAACUCUCUUGACAACGUGGAAGGUGGUGGCAUUCACAGCCACCAGUGUCUUGAUGCUGCUGCUCUUUGUCAUCCUCGGCAAGGUGUUCCAGACCAAAUUCAAGGCCCACUGUCAGCUAAGAGAGGCUCCACCAGCUUCAAGUGACCCCAACGUUCUAGUCGUCGACGGAGUCCCCGUGAUGCUGCCUUCUUAUGAUGAGGCUGUAAACAGCUCUACUAUUGUUCAUCCGAGCUUCCCACCCCCUGCUGGUCAAGGGGAGACAUUGCAUUCAGAGGAUCGAGGCCCCCCUGCUUAUCCAGGCCACGUAGAGAACAGCAGGGUUGGGCAGCUUGAUGCCAGUGAAUAUGAAACUUGUGAAAGUUUGUCAAACUCUUCAGAUCACCUACAAAGUAUGUGUCCAUCAUCCACAUACCCUGGAGGACUUAACAACCUUUCAGAAAGAACCAAUGUCAUAACAUCAACGGCAGACACGGCUUCCACGAGUCCGAGUAUCGACAUUGCAGAUGAAAUUCCAUUGGUGGAAGAAGACUGUUGAUUUUUUU